AUGUCUCUCCAAAUCACAGAGUUCACCGCUCAACAUCUUACUGGAAACGAUGAAAACAAUAUUCUUCAUAUGAUCUCCUGCCUAUGCAAUUGGCAUGAGAAAUCUAAAGGUUUAAUAGCUAUGAGAAUUAGUAAACCACCAGACUCAAGCUGCUUCAAAACCACUGUUACAGUUAAGAAUUUACAAUCACUACAAGAAAUCCUCUCUAACACCGAAUGGUCUCGCCUCAAAACUUAUACUCAACUAGCUGAAGAUUCCCGUUUUGAAGUCUUUAUCAACCUCUCUACAGAUUUUGAAAAACAUGAAAUCGUAAACGUCGUUAAAGAUAUCACCACUAAAGCAGGAAUUACUAUUCACCCAAACUCUAUCAAAAUCGAUGAAAAGGCAUCUCCUUUUAAUCCUGAAGAAUCAUAUUAUAACACCAUAGUGACUCUUAAAUCUGAUACUGAAGUCGAUCGUAUCUUAGAAGUGGUCCAUCCUAUUGAAACCAAACAUGGCAGAAUCAUCACAAAAUCCUUCAAGUCCAAAGCGCAGUUCUUUAAAGAAAAAGCUAUCUCCAAAUCAAAUCAAUCAACAGAGAAAGAAAGCUCUAACUUCUCAAUUAUUACUACUCCAAAUAAUUAUGAAGCAAGGUUUACCAGCCUUGAAAAAAGAGUCUCCAAUAUGGAAAGCAAUAUAUCAUAUAUUGCUAAGAAUAUGGAAACUCUAAUGCACAGCGUUAAAACACUCGUCCAAGCUGGAAAGAGAAAGGACAUGCAUGAUGAAGAUAUUGAAUGA